CCUCAGUGUGGAACUGGCGAAAAAUAAUAAUAAACCCCGAGCUAAAAUGUUGCACGUGAUGAGCACUUGCAAAUGAUAAACGGAAUAAACAAGCGACAUCUGCAUGCAUUUGUUUGGGAGUUUAUUCGAGAAGCAAACCUCUUAAAAGGUUGAUUGAGCUGCACACUGACAUCAUAGGAGCCUCUCUGGCUUCAUAGUCAUGAGUGAAGGGGCAUCUGGAGACAUCACUGGUUUGGAUCUGGAGGGAGCGAUUGGGACAGAGGAGACCCCAGUGAACACGCUUCAGAGGUCAGCAGAGGAGGAGGGAACCACCACUCGGAGGAAGAAGAAGAAGAAAAAGAAAGAGAUCAUCUACCGCUCUGACCUGGAGGUGGAGGAUGCUGGGGAGGGAACCUCAGCAGAUGUGGACGGAACCUUUAGUCCUCCACUUGACGAAGAAGAAGAGGAUAUCCCUCCUGACAGCCGUUUCGUGACCCUAACUGGCACCAUCACACGGGGAAAGCGGAAAGGCCAAAUGGUAGACAUCUAUAUGACGCUUACCGACAAAGAGCUGAGAGACAUGGCACGCUCCAAAGAGCGUCUGGAUGCAGAAUGUGACGGGGCCGCAGAAGCCAAGCAAAAACCCUGUGCACUGGGGGUCAGCCAGGGCCCUCAUGUUCUCCUCUGGAGCCUUUCCUGCUCUCCGUUCAUCUUCCUUCUCUCCUUCAUCACAUCGUUUUACUACGGAACGCUCACCUGGUACAACGUCUUCCUGGUUUACAAUGAGGAACGCAGCUUCCUGCACAAAAUCACGGUGUGUCCCUUGCUCAUUCUGUUAUACCCGGUGCUUAUCAUGGCGUUGUGUGUUUGUAUGGGGGUGUAUGCCGCCGUGACCCAGCUCUCCUGGGUUUUUGGAGAAUGGUGGCUGGCGGUGAGGGACCUGGAGAAGGGCUUCUGUGGGUGGAUGUGUGGGAAGCUGGGGUUGGAGGACUGCGCCCCGUACAAUGUGGUUGAGCUGCUGGACUCUGACACUCUGUCCGGGACCCUCCAGGGGAAGAGGAUGGAAGAUGCUGAGCACACUUCUACUUUGUGAACUUGAAAAGAAGGAAUAAUUUUUUGAUUCAAGGAAUGUUAUGGGUUAAUACAAGUUAAGCUCUGUCCGUGGCAUCUGUGGGAUGCUGAAGAACAUCAUUUUGACUUGGACAGGAUAGGUCUCCAGACUUUUCAGUGAGUUUGUCAACUCAAGUUGUUGAGUUAACAUAAAAAAUGAGUCAAAAUGAUUUUUGGCAGCAUUUAACUUGUUUUCAAGCCCAAGCAUUCAUAUAAAGGGAUAAUUCACUCAAAAAAUUUAAAUUCUGCCAUGAUUUACU